UUAUUGAAUCACCUAUUAUUACUAAAAAGUGUAAUGUUCUAUUGAAUUCAUAUAUACCAGAUAAUUUAGAAAGUUGUUCAUUUAUUGCUAUAGUUUCAAAAAGAAUUCAUAAUCACUUACCCUUUCCUUCUGUAACUACACCAUCUAAUAUUUUGGAGCAACUUAAUGAAAUUAUUAAACAUGAAGAUACAUUUAAUCUUACACAAUAUGAUACUUCUUAUAUUAGAAAUAUUCAUAUUUCUGAUGAUGGAAAAAUUUUUAUUGUUUAUAUGACUAAGCAGCAAUUUAUAAAAUUUCAAAAUUUAAAAUAUUUUGAAAUUAAUGCUACUUUUAAAUGCGUUAAUACAACAAUUAAUAAAAAUACUAUUAAGGAAUGGGAAAUAACUUCCUAUGUUAAAAGUAUUAAUAAAAUUUUUACUAAUGUAAAAACUUCUGAUGCAUAUAAACAUAUAUUUUAUAAAGUAUUUUCUACUAUUGAAAAGGAUAAUGGAAAACAAAUUGAAUUUAGUUAUUUAAAUUCAAAUUCUAAUGGUAUAGGUUGCAUUAUAGCUGAUGCUCAUAAAGGUCAAGCCAUUAGUCUUAGUAAGUUUUUACAUGAAAGAUAUCCAAGUAUGUAUAUUAAAGAACACCUUAUGCAUAUUUAUAAAAUAUGUAUUGUAUAUUAUCAUAGAUUUGUAAUCAUCAGAAGAUCAUAUAAGAAAUCUUCGGCAAUCAUUUCAUUAAAAAUGACAUUAUAUACAAAGAUCAUCAAAUAUUAA